AUGGCAGCAGCAGUGACUCUUUUCGUGAAGAGUUUACCUUCCUAUAAAGGGUUCUAUAGUGAAUUCGACUGCACCACAGAGACAGAUAGAAGUGAAUGUGUGGAGGGUAUAAAGGAUGCUCUGAAUACAGAUACUAGUGGAGGAAGUUAUUUUGACAAAGUUAAUAGAGCAGUAUGCUAUGUAUCCGCAAUGUAUAAGCACCAAAAGAAUACUUAUCCCAGUAAACGCUGUGGCUUUUUAUAUUAUUGGAUAGGGGAUAUGUUAUCUAAGAAUCAUGCACUAACCAAAUUCGGGUUUACCCUACAUGCUAUUUGCAAUGCUAUAAAUAAUACAUAUAAGCAACAUGGAUGUGAAAUUAACUGUGCACCCAUUGGUGAAGACGAGUUCAAAGAGAGAAAAAUAAUAUAUGAUUUCGCCCAUGACUUCAGCAAUAUAAAAGAAUAUCUACAAUACUAUAGUAAUAACCACAAUACGGACUUCAACACUUACAUCAAGGAAGUUCAAGCGGCCACUAAAUUUAUGGAUGCCAAGUGUGGCGGCACCGAGGGUGGAUACUGUAAUCAAUUUUGGCCAAAUCAUAAGACAGACAUCCUACAGAAACUGUCAGACUUGAAAUCAGAAAUAAAAUCUAGAGAGCAACGUACAGCGGAGGCAGCACAAGGAGCAGCCUCUACAGCAGAAGCAAACCUACGUCAAGCCGUCCGUGGUGCCACCACCACCACGGCUCUUUCUUCCAUCUUUGGUACCUUCACCCUUACCACUGUUGUUCCUUUCUUAUUAUAUAAGGAAGAUUGGGAACAAGUGCCUUCCUAUACAAAUGUUUACAAGAAGUUCGAUGGUGCUGAUAAACAUUCCUGUGAUGCUAAUAGCGGGGCAACGGAUGUAAUACGUACGCUGAAGGGUAAAUUAGAGCAGCAUGGCAACCACAGCAGCUAUGAGGAAUCAGCUGUAAACAACUAUUGUUAUGCACCUAAAAUGGAAAUAAGCAAUUUGUCCAAUAAGGAUGACCGUUGUGGUUUCCUUUAUUUUUGGAUAGGGAGUCAGCUAUGCAACCUCACUAACCCAUCUGACAAAUUCCCCCGAUGCAUGAAUGAUGUCUACGAAGAGUUAAGUAAAAUAAAUAUUAGUAAUAAGUGCCCAACUCCACACACUGACAACAUCACCAAGGACCUGUUUAAUCAUCGGAAAAAAGUAGAUGACCUCUCCUUUGACUACCAACAUAUAAAGGAAAAACUGCAACACUAUAAUUAUUCCUGCGACCAAGAUUAUUACAACCACCUCACCAAAGCUAAAGAAGCAUUUGAAAAGGUUCUUAAUGAUUGUCAAAGCAAAGGUGACAAAGGGGGAAAAAACCCAAAUAAUGAUGACCCAUAUUGUUCGUGGUUCAAAAAUACCUAUGAUCUAAGUAAUGGUCAGAACCCACUCAUCUUAUCAUAUGGGUCAACAUAUGAGACAACAGCAACAACUCCACCAGGCCAGCAAGUUACAGUUUAUAAAGACGUUAAGUUAGAACUGAAUUUUGCAUCCACCAUGAGUCCAGAGGUCGUCGCUGUCUCUUCUGGAUUAGCUGCAUUAGGAUUACCAACAAUUGCUGCAUUCUUCCUUUACAAAUACGAUCUCUUACCUUCCUGGAUAAGUAACACCUUCUUUGGAGGAGGAAGGAGCACCUCCAGUAGAAGUAAUAGAAGGAAUGGAAGGGAAGGACGAUCAGGUGCAAGGAACUGGGACACAUUCACAGACAACGAUUCAAUAACAAAUUCCACGAUCGGCUCAACGACCCAAUUCUACAAUGUAUUCGAUAGUGCUCAGUGGACCGCAUGUACCUCUACUAUUGGGGGGGCCCAAGGGUUGAGGAGUUCGUUGGAAAGGAAAUUAAAUGCAUACUCAGGACUUACUUCUUUUGCGGAUAAAUUCAUGGGUGCUUACUGUUACGCAUGUGAUAAAAGGGAGCAGGAGAUGUCUGAUGAUGAUGUAUGGUGUCAAUUCUUUUAUCAUUGGAUAGGAAAAUAUAUCGUAGACACUAAUAAGGGGAAUAGUGUAUCAAAAGUACUGGGAGAUAUAUACGAUACACUAGGAACUUAUUUUGGUGAAAAUAAAUGUGAAAUUACAUACAAAGAUGUUGACGCUGACACUUUCAAACAUAGGAAAGUAGUAUUCGACCAUUAUUACAAUUAUACAGAUGUAGAAAAGUAUUUGAACCAGGACGAUCGCGACUGUUUGAACCAUUGGUUAAGGUACAAGCAGAAAGUUAGUGAAGCAUGUACUACUGUUAGGAAGUACUGCGCAGAAGCAGGUAGUAGUGAUCAAUACUGCUCCUGGUUCAAUUCGAAUGGGAACGGGGAAGAUUACUGUGGUCAGAAAUUGCAAGAUCUCGAAUGCACAUCACUACCUGAAGCAGCAGGAUCUAAGCAGGGAGCAAAAAUUAACUCUUCGGGAGUAAGCAUCCCAGCCAUUUCCUCAACAGUAGGCACACUAAUAGGAAUACCAGUAGUCGCCUUUCUUCUUUACAAACAUACUCCAUUAUUUUCUGGAUUACGAAACCACUCCUUUGGACAUAAUAAUAAAAGAAGAAAAAGAGGAGCACUUAGACGCAACUUCGAUGCGCUUACGGAAUACACAAUGGAAAACAGUUCAACAAUUAGUUCCACCACUGUAGAUUCCACUGUGCGAGGUCCCACAGAUAGUUCUACCUUAUAUUCUUCCCCAUAUACUACAGCGUCCACAAGAACAGGAAGAACGGGACGAACACCAAAUAAAACUCAAUUCUAUGAUAUAUUCAAGAGCCAAAAGGGGAGCACUAGAAGUGGGUGCGAUACAGGUAUGGACGUCAUGCUCCGAUCAUAUAAAGAUAAGGGGGUUAAGGAUGAUGAAGUUAUAAGAACGGUAUGCUCUGCACCUAAAAUAGAAAAACAGGUUGAACUAGAUUGGGAGUCUAGUCAAUUUCUGUACUACCAUGUGGGGCAUGAAUUACUUGCAAGUCUUGCAGAUACUCAUUUCAACGGCCUUCUAAAUCAUAUUUGCUCAAAAAUAAAUGAUACAUAUAGGAAAAAAGGAUCUAAAAUUCCUUGUGACCCUAUAAACAGGGAACCCUUCAAUAAUAGAAAAACAAUAUUUGAAUAUUACCACGAUUAUGGAGAAAUAUGGAAAAGGUUACAACCAAAUGGGGCUGACUGUAGUGAGGUAUGGUUAAAGUACAGAGAGGGAGUUAUUAAAGCAUGUGAGGCUGUAAAUGCCAGUUGCAAAGCAGAGCAAAAUUAUAAAAAAGGCGAUUACUGUUUCGACUUCAACAGUAAGUAUAAGGCAUAUUGUAAUACGGCGAAAUUGUCAGAACUGAAGUGUGAAUUAGAAUCUAAACUGAAAGCUGAACAAGAGAAAUACACGGCAUGUUCCAGGGAGAAGAAUGAAUUACAGGACUCGCACAAAUCAGAUCUAUCAGCUAUGGAAGCAAACCUCCGUUCUGCCACCACCACCUCUUCUAUCUCUUCUAUCUUUGGCACAUUAGCAACAAUUGGUGCUCCGUUUUUAUUAUACAAAUAUUUUGGAAUGCUUCGUAAGAGUAGAAAACGGUAUAGAAGAGCUUAUCAAGUACGUGGUCCCUCCUUAGAACAGCAGAUUGUUGACCAUGUGGACGACCAGGCAGAUGGUCCACAUGCAUAUACCUUAGUAAAGGAACGCAAACCUCGUUCUACGCCUAUAAAAAAGAGGAAAAAACGGGCUCCUGGUCGUCGCAUGAUUAUUGAUAUUCAUUUUGAAGUCUUAGACGAAUGUCAAAAAGGGGACCUCCAUUCGACGAAAGAAGACUUUUUUGAAAUAAUUGUAGAAGAAUUUAUGGGACCCCAAUUUAUAAAACAAGAAAAUUUUCCUAAGGAACAGUUUCCAAGUUCAGAUUCCGGGUUUAGGGAGGAAGACUUUGUUCCUAAGGAAGAAGUUUCUAAGAAAGAGGUUUCUAAGAAAGAGUCCGAAUAUUAUAGUAAAUUUGAGGAACCAGAAAAAGAAUGUACAGGUACCUGUGAAACAGAAAUAUUGAAGGUUAUAAUGUCAAAGGAAAGUCUUGGAAAUUAUGGGGAACAAAUUAUGAAAGCACUGCGCUAUGCAUACGAAGUAUACGGAAAAAAUGGGAAACAAUCCAAUAGUGAACCUUAUCAUUUCCUCUAUUAUUGGAUAGGGGAAAAAUUACUUCAGAGCCCUCCGGCAAAUUUUAUUUUCUCAGCUAAAAUGAGUGUUAUUUGUGGAGCUAUGAAGAAUUACUGUGGGACACAGCAAUGUAAAAUUCCCUGUGAUCGUCCCACAGAAGCUAUUUUCAGUAGUCAGAAAAAAAUAUUCGAUGGUUUCUACGAUUAUAAUGCUGUGAUGAGAGUGUUAGGAAAUGGUGAGUCUCCCUGUGGGGAAAAGUGGUCAGAUUACCUAAAGAAUGUUUCCUUAGCAUGUGCUGCUGAAGAAGGAGCAACAGAAGGAAGAGAAGAUCCGCUGAGAGCACCUUUGAUGCACUCACAGAGCACCGAUUUCUAUGAUAAAUUCGAAAACAGUCAGGAAAAAAACUGUGACGAUGGAAAUGGUUGCAACGACGAAAUAGAUCAGUAUAACUUGGCAACUAGGGGUCUCAAUGUGCAUCGGCUUGAUAUUUCGAAAGCAUUGGCCUAUAUAUACAAAGAAUACAGAGGGAAAGAUAAAAAUUCGUCCCAAGGUGGGACACCAGCCGAAUGUAGAGCAUGCCAUUUCUUUUACUAUUGGAUAUGGGAUGAAUUAUUUAAGAGUAAAGCGACAAGUCACGAUUUUCUCGGUAUGAUAAGUACUAUUUGCCAAAGAAUAAGAGAAUCAUGGGGGUCAGGAGGAGGGUGUGAUAUUCCCUGUGAAAGUCCUAACAAAGAAGCUUUCAACAGUCAGAAAAUAUUAUUCGACUACUGGCACGACCACUUCGCCGUACGAGCACUGCUUGAAUUUAGUGGGUCUGAAGGUUUUAAGAUAUGUAAAAGUUACAUAGAGGAAUUCGAAGAAGCAAAGGGAAAAGUGGACACACACUGUAAGACCGACAUAAGUGAUGAAUACUGUACUAAAUUUUGGGUAAAUAAUAAGAUGGGCAUUGAACAGGCAUUAGAAGGAGUGAAGGGCACACUGGCGACUGCACAAGCAGCAUCCUCUGCAGCAUCCAUCCAAUUAAGCAACGUCAUCCAUCAAGCAAAUAAAGCUUCUUCUCUUUCUUCUGCUUUCGGAACGCUAGCAGCAUUAGAAUUACCAGCCGUUCUUUUCCUUUUAUACAAGAAUUGCUAG